AGAACUCUGUAGCUGGGAGUACGCACGGACGGCGGCAAGGGGCUCCAGCAAGGCUUCAAGCAUCGUCACCUGACCUGACCAACCCGGAGGCUUCUCCACAAGAGCGGAUGCCCGAGUCCCCCCAGCUCCAGCAACCGCCGCCGCCUCCUACUGAACCAAAAGCCGCCGCGGCGUCGACGGUAGCAAAUGCACAACCCAACCUGAUUGCUGUGAAGCCGAGGAUGAUAAUCAAGGGGGUGCUGGGGCGGUACGAGCGGUGGAACCCCGUGCACCCGACGGCCGGCGCCUUCUGGGGCGUCGGCCUCGGCCUCGGCUGCGGGGUCGGCUGGGGCCCGGGCUUCGGGCCCGAGGUCAUUGGCUACGUCGGCGCUGGCUGUGGCGUGGGGUUCAGCGUCGGCUUCACGCUCGCCGGCGUCGGCGUCGGGCUACCGCAGCACGGUCUCAUCAGGAACCACUACCACAGCGGUUUUGCGAGCAAUGUCCCUCUUGAAUCGGCAAGGUUUUACACCUUGACCAUCAUCAGAGGUUUCGUCUGGGAUGCCAUCAGUUAUGCAAGUCAAGUAGCAGCUGUGAGGAAAAAGUCUCGACAGAAGCUUCUGAGGUUCCAGGACGAUUCUCAGAUUUCAGGAGGAGUUGAUCUGCACAAGCUGGGGAAGGGCGUGUCAAGUAGCAUCCAGUCCACAGUGGAAUGUAUCAGAGCUUUCAAGGGUCAGCAUUGGCCUCCUUAAAAACACUUCAGAAAUUAAAGCUGGUUCUUUUAUAAGUUAUAGGGUCCCUCCACGGUAAACUUCAGAAAUGGCGGUAUACUAAUCUGUAUUUGUUUUGGUAUGAGAUAUAUGUUUCCCGAGUUAUGAAGGGGAAGCUAUAUCAGCUUAAGAAAAUGUAGUCUGUAAUGUAGCUAGUCAUUUAUGUAGAUGCAUCUGUAAAUAUAGCGAUGCUCUACUGUUCUUUAUCCAAGCACUUUGCAGCAGUCGUGUACUGUGAAAUAAAAUUGCACUUAUAUUGUACUCAA